AAUAACAACAGAAGAAGAAGAAUAAGAAGGUGAAAAAAGGAAGUAACCGACGCUCACGAGCCUGAAAUAACUGUGCUCGCGUGCUGACUAACUGGCAGAGUGUGAGUGACAUAGCUGUCAGAGAGGAGACAAGAAGAGGGCAGUACUUGCUGGGGUUUUCCUACUGUGAACUGGACUGUGGACACCGAGCUUUGAGGCUCUUGUCCAGUCUAUCUGUCCUGUGUUUUUGCCUCCUGGGUGGCAGUGAACAGAGCUGAAGAGAUGGACCAGAACAACAGUAUACCAAGCUUUCAGGGACUGGCUUCCCCCCAGGGUGCCAUGACUCCAGGCAUGCCUAUCUUCAGUCCCAUGAUGCCAUAUGGCUCAGGCCUGACUCCCCAGCCUGUCCAGAACACCAACAGUCUGUCUAUACUGGAGGAACAGCAGAGGCAACAACAGCAGCAACAAGCACAACAGGCACAGCAGGCCAACGCAGGCCUUCCAGGGACGUCGGGGCAGACCCCUCAGCUUUUUCAUUCCCAGACAGUAGCAGGUUCGACCACCACAGCGCUGCCAGGAAACACCCCACUACAUCCGUACAACACUCCGCUGACCCCCAUGACCCCGAUCACACCAGCCACACCAGCCUCAGAGAGCUCUGGAAUAACACCACAGCUACAAAACAUAGUAUCUACUGUAAACCUGGGCUGUAAACUAGACUUGAAGACCAUCGCCCUGAGAGCCAGGAAUGCCGAGUACAACCCAAAGCGUUUUGCUGCUGUCAUCAUGAGAAUACGAGAACCCAGGACCACUGCUCUCAUCUUCAGCUCCGGGAAGAUGGUCUGCACUGGAGCCAAGAGUGAGGAGCAGUCAAGGUUAGCGGCCAGAAAAUACGCUCGUGUGGUACAGAAGCUCGGCUUUCCUGCCAAGUUCCUGGACUUCAAGAUUCAGAACAUGGUGGGCAGCUGCGACGUGAAGUUCCCCAUUCGGCUGGAGGGAUUAGUCCUCACACAUCAACAGUUCAGCAGCUAUGAACCGGAGCUGUUUCCAGGACUGAUUUACAGAAUGAUCAAACCCAGAAUCGUCCUGCUCAUCUUUGUUUCUGGGAAAGUCGUACUAACGGGUGCAAAGGUGAGAGCAGAGAUCUAUGACGCGUUUGAAAAUAUCUACCCCAUCCUGAAAGGCUUCCGCAAGACAACGUAGAACCUGCAGCUUCUUUUACCAUCUCCCGAACCCCGUCUCUUUUUACUCUGAUUUUUUUAAACUCACAUGGGAGUGGCAUCUAUAUGUGGACCUCUACAAGUGGACUGCUCUAAGGGCUGUUGCACAGGGAUGUGAUUCAUCUUUUCUUUUUUUUUUUCCAGCCCUCCAGUGUUUCAGAUUUUUUUUUUGGGAAACACGUUUUUUUUUUACAAGUUUCUGUUCCUGUGUUCAGAUCUCACAUGAUGGUAUGGUAACAGACACAGCUCCGUUUGUUUCCGACUGUUUUCCAUGCCCCGUUUUUUUGGCUUUUUAUGUUGUCCUGAUUGAUCACAUCCCUGAUUGUAUAUAAGACUGUAAGAAAAUGUAAAAAUCGCUGAUUAGAAGAGAGACGGUCGGAUUCUGACUGUCUUUUGUUUUUAUUUUAAGCAGUUUUAAAUAGUUUUGUACAUUGUUUUUUUAAAUUGUCUGCUCAGUCCCCCAGUUGAAGCAAUAUGCGUUUGGGUCCGUUAGCCUCACAUUCCUUAUAACAGUAUUUCGUAAGAUUUUACUUUAAUGAUUCAGGAUCAGGAGGCUCUUUAUCCCAACACUAAUCAGUCUGCCUUAUAAGAAUUUUGUCCUCUUAGAUUUGUAAUGUAAAUCAGUUGGAUCUGGGUUCAACAAGUCCUAAUUUCAUUGAUGCUGGAAGUGGAUUUCCCUUUAAAAUUCAAAAACUGAUAUGAGACAUAGUAUAGUCCUGGCUGUUAAGCUGUAAUUGAAGUUGGAUGGUUAAAUUAAAUUGAUCUUGUUGUUAGUUAAAGGACCAGUGUGUUGUAUUUAGUGGCAUCUAGAUGAACGGACUUGACAGAAAUGGAAUAUAAUAUUAAUCACCUGAAAAUAAAAAUAAGUGUUUUCGUUACCUUAGAAUGAGCCCUUUAUAUCUACAUUGGGAGCACUUGGAAACAUAGUUAUUAUGAAUAUUUGUAUUCCAUUUCUGUAAAGUCUGAUCUACUAGAUGCCAUUAAAUCUACACACUGGACCUUUAAAGUUCUCAGCAAGUUGUUGGUUCGUUCAUCAAGGUUUGUAUCCUGUUAUGGUUGCUGACACUUAAUUCCUUCGUACUCUAAUCUUUGGCAGAGAUGGAGUCAGUUUUAAGUUUAAACAAGGAUUUUCUGUAGACACGGUUUAGAUGCUGUAAUUUCAAAAUCGAGCAUUUUAAUGGUUAAACUUCUGUAUUUAAAAUUGAAUCCAACCUUGAUGAAAGUGAUGAUGCUCAGCAAGGAUGAGGAUCAGAAAUUUAAACAAUAUCAACCAGAACUAAAAUAUGAAGAAAAGACAACUUGAAGUAGAGCUUCUGCUUUUACCUGAAUUAAAAUACAUGGUUUAAUAAAUCUUAUAUUCAGA